AUGAAAAGGUCACCAGGACUGGCCCCAGUAAUGUCCGGUGACCCUCUCGGUUCGUGCUCGAUGAACUCGAUGCCUGCAUACUGCAUGGACGCCCCGAAUGGCAGCCAAAAGCACUUGUUCAAACUCUCGCGUCGCCAUUGCGCGAAGUUGACGGAUGCAUGUAGCCAAGAACUGGACGUGAUGAUUGCCGUGGCUGCCUGA